GCGCACGGAAAUCACUGAUCCGGAUUCAUCGGACCGGCUCGGCUUACAAUCGACCGAGUGAUGAAAUUACUGCAGCCGAUCCUCGGAAAAGGCCCCUUGUCUCUGGAUGUGGCAGUUGUAGACCAGGACAUUGCGAGCUCAAGAUGGACGAGCAGCUGCGAUCACUGGCGAAUUCGCUCGCUGAACAGUUCAGACAGUGACUGUCGUAUCCGGAGAGCAAUCAUUUACAGUAAAACUGAGCACUUCAGAGAUUCUCCCAGGCGACUUCUUGUUGCUGUGGCAGGACCUCCUGGUUGUGGAAAGUCCACGGUUGUCGGGCCUCUCUGCGCGAUGCUCAACCUAGAGCUAGAGACUUCAGGAGCAAGUCUUGAAGAUGGUCGCCGGGUACGCUGCGCGACCGUCAGCCUGGACGGUUGGCAUUAUCCUCGUGUGACCUUGGACAAAAUGCCUGAUCCGACUUUGGCUCACUGGCGACGGGGCGCACCAUUCACUUACGAUCGACUUUCAUACCUAGACUUUCUCAAGGGUUUGAGGAGUUCCGGAGGAUCCAAGAUCGCCUACAAAACUUUCAAUCACGCCACAAAGGACCCCGAACCCGGCUUGGUGCCAAUCGAUGAGACAGCUCUGAUAAUCUUGAUAGAAGGACUUUACACUGCUUUCGAUAGACCGGGAUGGAGAGAAUGUGCAGAAAUGAUGGACAGACGAGUAUGGAUAGAAGUGGACCCUGCAGUCAGUCGCGAGCGAGUCAUAAGACGCAAUCUUGCUGCGGGAGUGUCUAUCGAUCUCCUUUCUGCAAUCGACAGAGUGGAUGCUUCGGAUAUGUUGAACGAUCAGGAGGUGAGAAACCAUCGACUAGCGCCAACAGACGUAAUCGUAUCCGUUGAGAUCUAG